AUGUUUGAACAUUUAAAUCAAUUGGAAUAUUUAAUGUUGGAUGGUAUAACAACAAUCGAAAAUGAAGCUUUUUUUAAUUUAUAUCAUUUAAAAGAAUUAAAUCUCGGUCGAAAUAUUCUUCGUCUUGAUCCAUAUGCUUUUUUACAUAUGAAUACAGAUUUACUUUUAUUAAAUGAAAGUAUUGAUUUUCAAUUAAAUGAUGAAAAACAUUUUUGUGUUUUUGCUCAAUUUUCUCCGUCAACUAAUUUAAAAACAUUUGUAAAAUUUCCAAAAAAUUUACAUACAUGUUCAUGUGCUACACGCUAUCUAUAUCGACAUAUAGAUAAAUCAUUUAUGUCAAUGACACCAAAUUGUUAUUCAAAUUCAAGUUUAUAUAUUUUAGCACAAGAAGAACGCUUAUGUUAUUUUGAGCAACGCUUGCUUCAAUGUCAUGUUUUACCAGAAGAAGGUAUUACUAUUUAUGGUAAACAUUAUAAUGUUUCAUAUUUUUAUCAACAGCAAGUAGCAAAACAACGUAAUCAAUUUACGAUAUUUUAUCGUUAUAAAUUCUAUUUUCUUAUAUUAUUACCUGUGUUAAUUAUUAGUAUAUGUUUAAUUGUAUUUAUAAUACGACACCAAAAACGACAUAAUGGCAGUACAUAUAAACAUUUAAAUCGUUUAAUAAAACGGCAAAGUUUAACAAGAAAUGAUAAUGUGACAAUGGAUAUAAUUUAUCAUCGUACAAAUGGUCAUCAAGAUCUUAGAUCAUCAACAAUACCUAUUUCAACAAAAGUUUAA